UUUGAGGAAAGCGACCUUACAUUGACAUAUGGCAAAUUCACCGUAAUGUAUUCACUAUUCAAGGACUUAGUUUAAGAAUAUAAAAUAAAGAGAGCCUUUGAAUGUAAAAAAUGCAUCACAGGGCUCAUGAGUUCGACGAUAUAUGGCGGGUGCUUAAACCAUGGGGAAAAUUUCAAAUUGGACAACUUGUUCUUAUUCUGGUUGAUUACAUACCGGCAGCCUUUGCGAUAUUAAGUGCAGUUUUUACUGGAUACAUACCUGAAUACGAGUGUGAAGUGCCCACAGUGGAUAGUAAUGAAACAUCAGCAGUUUGGAAUGUUACGUUCAAGCCACACGCAUGUCAUUACGAUGUUUACAACCACACUGGCAAUGCAUCUAUCUUACUGGAGAAGCGGACGUGUGACAAUUACGUAUAUUCAAAAGAAAAUACUUACGCAUCUGAGUGGAACUUAGUCUGCUCUCGUUCAAAUCUGGCUGCACUAGCACAGUCCCUUGUGCUUGCCGGACAAGGUCUUGGUGCUUUAACCAUGUCUCAUGUGGCCGAUAGACUAGGACGCAAGACGGUUCAUGUAAUAUCUCAUAUAGGGGUUUUGGGCUCGAUGAUUGUCAUGGCAUUUUCACAGAACAUUUACAUGUUACUAACACUGAGACUUGUUACUGGCACAUUUCAACAGGGUAUCGUGUGUACUGGAAGGACCCUUUCCUUAGAAUCAUUUCCAGUGGAAGUCCGUGCCCACACAGCCCCACUUAGUAUGUUAACUUGGUCUUUCGGUGUAAUGCUUUUGGCUCCAUAUGGCUAUAUAUUCCGUGACAUCGAUUGGCGAUACCUUCAGUUAGCAUUUGCGGCAUUUUCUAUCUAUGCUUUAGCUUAACGGUGGUGAGUAAGGCAAUGCC